GCCGCUGUACAGUUGUGUUUCCUGUUUACUGUUGUUAUGCUUUUGUUUGGUUGUUUUUCCUUCAUCGUCGAGGCUUCGUGUACAUUGUUUUGUUAACAAUAUACUCCAUAGAGGGCGAGUUUAUAAAUAAAUUUGCGUAUCGUCAACAGGGGAAAUGUGUCGAGAUCUGUCGCCAGCCGUCACGACAUCCUGCCUAUGAGGAAAUACCCCCCACGCGUCACUUUCAGUUUACAGUUCGACAUGUUCUAGCGUUCCGACGGAUUCAACUGUAUUCGCGGGAAUCGCAGAAUGAUUCUUCGAUUCUUUAAAUGAUUUGCUGAGGUGAAGAAAUUAAGCCUGGCACGGCUCCCUUGUUCAGUAGUGACAGAAGGGCCGUGAAGAUCAGCCCUAAUGGAAGAGAUUGAGACAGAGCUGACCUACUCUGAGCAGGACGCUUUAGGGGCGGACUUCAUCACAGUAGAACUUGACACCCAGCCCAUUGAAUAUGUGGUAAAGUGGGCAGAUGUGGGCUCUAAAUUCACUAUAUCCUGCGUGAAAAAGGAUUUGGAUGAAGGUGCUUGCUUCACUUCCGAUCAGAUGGUAAAAGUGGAUCCAGAUGAGACGUUCUUUGUCCCAUAUGAAUCAGUGUUUCCAGAAUGUGAUGAGGCAGGUCCAGAUUUGAUUGCAACUCAUGAGGAGGAGGUGGGGAGUGAGUCAGAUUUGGAUGACACCACCAAGCCAGGGAGUAGCCAGUUGUGCAAAGAUGUUUAUGAAAUUUCCUGGGAUAAGGAGGUGUCUCGGUCCAGGACCUAUCGCUGCCACAUUUGUGGCAAGACCUACAGCCAUUCCUCCAGUCUUGCCCGCCAUCUGCACGUUCACACCGACAGAUCAUCCCAUUUUUCGUCAAAAGAGUUCAGCAAGUUCGGCGACAACAAAAAGUCUCUCCAAUGCACUCUGUGCGGAGUGAGAUGCAACGGUAAGCGGCUCUUGGCAAUACACAAGAAAUGCCACAAAACCAAGAGACUGCAUACGUGCAACACGUGUGGCAAAACCUUCAAUCACAGCUCUAGUUUGUCACGGCAUAGAUUGAUCCAUAAAAAAGGCCUGGAUAAAACGGUUAGGCCGUUGUACCCAGCUCCAACCCCAGCUCCCAUCAUGACCCAGCACAGUUUCCCAUCCAGCUGCGCGACAAAUAAAACAGCGACUCUCUUAGGUGAGAGAGAGAAGCAGUACCAGUGCGUACAGUGCGACAGGGUCUUCGGCAACCCCACCAGCCUCUCCAAACACCAGGUGGCACACGUGCGACAGCUGCUCAACUCGUACACGCAGGGCAAAGAUGUUCUUGACAAGUCUUCGGACCUAAAGAUCCGCUUGAAGCUGUGCUCCCGUGACAAGCCCAACUUCUACACCCUCUGCAAGAAGAACAAGGGCAAGAAAGGGGGAAAGAAGAGGUUGUGCUUGCCUAACGUGGAGCGGCCGUACCCCUGCUGCAUGUGCGAAAAGCGCUUCAGCAACACCAAGAGCCUAGCCCGGCACGAACACACACAUGCCAAUGAGAAGCGCUACGCCUGCAAUUUUUGCAAGAAGACCUUUAUCCGGCUGUCCAACCUGAAGCAACACCAGCAAACGCAUGCUUCGGGAAAACUCUACGAAUGCCUUGAGUGCGGCAAAACUUUCGUUCAUUCCUCCAGUUUCUCGCGCCAUAAGAAGGUUCAUGCUGGGGUAAAGCUGUCUCUGAAAGAGUGCGAAGAGGAGCUGGUCAUUGACGAGAUGGCACCGCUGGAUUUUGAGUUUGAGUGAGAGACACCUGAGGUUCUGGUUCUGUCCUGGCACAGUUAACACGGUUGUUCUGGAACUGUCCAGGGCCAGCUGAUGGGAAGAAAUGGUUGAUGUUUUUUCUUUACCCCUUAUUCUUGUUUUCCUAAAGAAUUUGAGUUAUUCAUUUGGGUUUGGCGUCCCUGGCUGUGUGUUCUUCAUUCUAAUAUUCUUGGUAUUGUCCCUUCUUCGCUAGAGGGUGCAGUGGCAACCAUGUUAAUAUAAAUAUAUAUGUUUAUUUUUGUUGUUGUUGUCAUUCCCUUUUGUUAUUUUUUCAUUCGGUUUACUGGCAGGGUAAUCAAAUGCCAGACAAUUUGUGGUAUUUAUGUCUCUUAACUUUUAGGUGUCCACGAGAAAAGAGAAAUCAAAUGGUGUCGGCAAUGCUGGUGUUAUUUAUUUUCUGUGCUUGCACAAACUAAAAAUGUAGUUCUUGUAUGGGAGGGAUAGUCAAAGACAAAGUAAGAUUGAAGAAGAAGGAAAUGAAAGUUUUGUAUGCAACCAAGUAUGCAGUUUACUUGACCCAUGUUCCAUUAAUUGUGCAGCUUGAAUCCAAUAUUUCCUUUGUAAAGUGAAAAGUUCAUGAUUUAAUUACUUGGACUGAAGAAUGCAAGGCUUUUCUCACCCAAAGUCUCUGUUCACACAAGAGUGGGGUUUGUACAGUUCAAUCAGUGUAAACAGAGAACCUAUGCCCUGGGGUGAUUCGGUUGUUCUUUGUUUGUGUUUCUGGAUUUGAUGGACUCAUUGUGAUUCAAUUAGUUUGCGCAACACAUUGUUCCGUUCCUCUUUGCGUUCUGAUCUGGUUAUUUGUCAAAAUAUGAAAUCCAAUGUGUCACUAGAGGUUAUUUUUUAGUAAUAAUUUGAUGCUUAUUGGACAUCAACAUGCACAAAUGCAUUUAAAAUGUUGUUCAUGUAAAUUUGUGUGUCUGUGUGUUUGCACUUGAUAAAUAUGUGAAUAUUCUUGCAAAAUUGGAUGCUUUUUAUGCCGUGUAGAUGUGUGAACAAAAUUGCACUUGUGAAACAAAGUUCUAUCUGAACUGCUAAAUGAUUUAUUUUUCUCAUCAUAAGUUAUGGAAUAGCCAAGGGAUUUCAUAUUUUAACAAGCAUUGCACUAUUGUAUUUGUUGACAAAAAAGCACUAUGUUUAGGAAACUGGAACAUGCUAAUGGUAUGGUCCUCACAACUUUGAAUCUCCUAGUCGAAACCUUAGAUGAACGAGGCAUGGAAAUAUCUUCCAUAAGUGCCCUCAGCCACUUUACGGAUGUCAGACCAAAGCUCUUGAAUGCACACAUGCACUACUUAAUAUUCAGUUCAGUUCAUCUAAAAGUGUUUAGUCAGUCUUCUGUUCAAUGUUCGUUGUUCUUGCCGGGUUUUUUGCUUAACGCUUGCAGUUUGAAUUGAAAUUGAAUCGAAAAUUACUAACCUAUUUAUGGUGUUUGAAAUAUGAGGCUUUAUGGAGUGUCGAGUUGCACGUAGAAAGCGCAGAUUUUACUGUUAUACCCAGAUUGAUGGAAAAAAAAAAAAGACUCAAGGACUAUACAUAAUAUUUGAGUUGUUGGUUGUUUCCUUUUCCUUUGUUCUUGAAGUAUGAAAGUAAUAUUCCCCAGUCGUGUGGAUCUUUUAUUGCCAUUGUUCUCAUUAUCUUUCAAUUCCUUUGUGUGGAAAAGCUUCAUCCCCUCUCUUAUCCUCACUCCUCAUAUUUUGAUUCAUGUUUGUCAUUUAUUUUUGUUUCCAAUUGCUGUAGAUUUUCAUCUUUCAAUGCAGCAGACCUACAUCUUGAAUCGAGAUGUAUGUUUUAUAUUGUGUUUGCCAUUAGAUUAAAGUUGAAGAAUUCUGUCCCGCAUUUUUUAAUAAAUCAUUGGUUCAAGAAUCAUUGGUCUAGCAACUGUUUAUGUUUGUUAUCUAACUGGCUGGCUGGCUGGAUGGCCAUCUAAUUGUUUUAGUGAUUGGUAUGGUUGGUAUAAAC